AUGUCGGGAUCAAUAUGUCUACGUUGUCGUGUAUCGCUGCGGCAUUCCUUCUCCAGCAAAAAAUCCACGCGCACCUCAAAUCCUCUUUCUCGAUCAUACAGUAGUACUUCAGAAGCCCCUCAUGAGACGUCUACAGAAGCUAAACCAAAACCCUUUGUGUCGCGCAGUGCUAAGCUCUACGGAACCCGGAUAACGACCCCUCUAACUCCCAUACCAGAAGAUCAAGAGCUACCAAUCCGUCGAGUAUUUGCUCGAAAGGGUCUGGACCUCACUCACCAGAACACUGACAUAAAAGAUCUCCUCUCGAAACCAACCUGGUCGGUUCGAUCACUUCUACCCUCUUCCAACGAGAAGCCUGCCGAAGAAAUCACCGUCAAACAACUUCAUCAUUUAUGCCGACUCUCUGCGCUCCCCCUCCCCGAAACACCGGAAGAAGAGAAGAAGUUACUAGAUACCCUACAUUUACAAUUACAUUUUUUAAGGGAUAUUCAAAAGGUCAAUACAGAGGGUAUUGAACCACUGAGGAGUAUUAGGGACGAAACGUGGCAGGCAGAGGCGCUUGAGUCAAUUGGGUUAGAGACUGAAGAAAUCAAGGCAGCGUUGGAAAAAGAGGAAUAUGAAGGGAGGAACAAGCGACCGAGGAGGCGGACGGAUGGUGUGAUUGAUACAAAAGGUGUAGAGGACUGGGAUGUGACAGGGACUGCGACCGAGAAUGUUGAGUUUGGGGGCGGAAAGUAUUUCAUCGUGAGAAGUGGAAAGGGGACGGAUGAGAAGUUGGUGGAAGAUAAUCAGAUGGAGGUGGAAGGAGAAGUUCUCCCAGUUAUAGAAAACGAGAAGCUUGAGGCGCAGGGUGAAAGUUGA